CUGGUAACGUGUCGGAAUACAACAUCGCAUACAACGUCACAGGUGAUAAUGCCGUUACAGAAUACGACAAUGGCCUUACAGCUUAUGAUAACGCUAAUGAUAAUACCGUUACCGACAAUGCCCUUACAGCACAGGACAAUACCGACUUGCAUACAGGGUAUGAUCUACCCAUGAGAUUAAUAUGA